CAGGACCAUUAUCAUGCCCUGGUAACUUCGAACUAAUUAUUUUUUUUAGAAUAAGCGCCAUCUCUCCCCUAUACAUGGCACUAAUUUCUUAAUAUGUUUUCUCAGUGUGACUAGUUCAUUAUAUGUUACUUUUAGUACGUAUAAAUUUUGAUAAUUCUGGUAUUUUUUUUUUAUUUAAGCUACAACUAAACAAGCAGUUAUGCUUUAAAAAUAAAUUUUAUUACUUCCUAUAAAAAUUAUCUACAAUACUUAUAAUUUUAAAAUAAAUUUGGACGAAUAGCAAUAUUUUUAGUAUUUUAUAGUAGUUUACUGCUAACAAACAAUAGCAACUUCUAGUAAACGUCAUAAGAUAUUUUUCUGUCGGUAAAUUUGUAUACUCGUGCGCAUUUUCUUGUGAUUUUUGUUUUUUGUUGUAUAUUUACGUUGAAUUGAGCUUCAGUUCUUUCGUAUUUAAGAAAUACCUAUUGACUGUGUUUGUCAAAAUCAGGUCGAGGUAGAAGAAGAAAUAAGAAUGUUGAUAGCAGACAACCAACAGCUGUCGCAGAAGGUGGCGAUACUACUGAAAGAGAAGUUGGAGAAUGAGAGACAGACCCAGAAUAACGAUGAACAGGGCAAGGAAGCCGACGAUUUGAGGCGACAAGUUGCUCUGCUAAUUAAGGAGAGGGAUUCGUUGCAUAUAUUAUGGCAAACAUCACAAAAGACGAUUGAUGCAUUAGAAACAGAGUUAAAAGCAUAUCAAUGCUAUGAUAACAGGAGCCCACAGAAUAAUAUCAGUGAAGAAAAUAAGGAACUAGAAUUAAAAUUAGAAACUGCGUUAACAGAUUACAUAGAAUUAGAAACUAAAUACAAAGAGCUGAAAACUAAACAUAACGCAUUAGAAAAUGAUAUGAAAAAAGAAGAAAAACAAGCAGCAUCUUACAGAGAACGCGGUAAAGAAAUUGAACAAAAAUUAAACGAUUCAAUGAAAACUCUAGAAGAAUACAAGAUUAAUCUGAGCGUCGAGAAAAAACGCAAUGAAGAUUUAAAAAAUCAAUUAGGUCUAAGUCAAAAGGAGUGUGCAGAUCGGCUGAAGAAAGAAUCAGAAGCUAAAUCAAAAGUAGCUGAAGCUUUGCAACUCUAUGAUUCAGUAGUUGUACAAAAAAAUCAAAUGUACAAAACUGUACAAGAGCUUACAUCGGAACUAGUACAAUUAAAGCACACAUUAUCAAAUGUAAGACGUGAUAUGGAGUCUAGUUGCCGAAAAGAAAUGGAUGAAGUGAAAGAGAAAUAUAACGAAAAAAUAGCAGACAUGCUAGUACAUAUAAGAAAUCUAGACACAGAGUUAGUAGAAAAGGGACUUUUGCUUAACAAAGCUUUGCGAGAAAAUAAAAUACUUCAGGAGACAAACGAAAGUUUUAUGAAGCAACAUAAGGAAAAUUUAAAAUCUUUGGAUCCAAAAUUAGCUGUUGCAGAAAAACGGCUAGAAGCGAUGUUUCAAGAGUUGGUGUCAUCAGAGAGAAGGAACAUCCAACUCGUGUGCGAGAAGCAAUGCCUCGCAAUCGACAUUCAAAGGAUCCAAGAUAUAUACUCCAGAGAAGUCAAACGAAGAGAUUGGGAAGAGGGUUUGUUGAAAACUCAAUGUGAGGAAUUAAAGGUCCAAGUAGAACAUCUUCAGAAGUCACUAGAGGAGACACAUCAAAUGGUUAACAAGUUGCAAAACAUGCUAGCGUCACGAACAGAAUUAAAUCAGAAGAUAGUGUCAUCUAAAGAAGAGGAACUUAUUGAAUUAAAUAAACAUUUAGAAAAUCAAAUAGAACUUAGCAAAAAGUGGAAGGAAUCUUACUUAGAAAUGUCGGAUAAACUAAAGAAGAGACUAAAAGAUUUACAAAAGGAAAACAAUGAAUUAAGAAGAAAGUUAAACCUUCCACAUAGCAAUAGUCCUGAAGAUAGUACAAGCAGCUAAUAUACUUUCGCUAGCCAUGUGUAGUCCAAACAAAAUAAUAUAUUGCAUAUCAUCAGUAUCAGAAACUAUACAGGAACUUUUUUCCCAGGGCAGGCACACAAAAUAAAUAUUAAUACAGACAAGGUGUUAAAAGCCGCAAUAGUGGCCCACGUAAGUGUGACGCGUUCCAGGAUCAGACUAUGAAUAUCAGGUUCUAACAGGCCGACAUAAUUGUGUCUGCUGUCAAGGGCUAAUCAUCUCUCGUCAGUCAAUAUUCUAUUGGACCCCACUCCACUUACCAUCAGGUGCAGUGAGGUCACUUUGCCCUGCACAUUUUAAAUAAUAAAAUACUAAUGAUUUGAAAAAUAUUGUUAAUGAUUAUAUUCCAACAAUUAUUAAGAUAAUGUUUGUAGUAUAAUAAAAAAAUAAAUAGAAAUAAUAACUAACCUACAUUGGUGAAGGUGGCACUUUUUAUUCUACUUAUGUAGCACCAACAUAAUAAAUAAAUAUAAAAGAUAUACUUAUUAUUAAGGAACUUGUGCAAUAUUAAAAGAUUAUAGUAACAAAUAAAUAUUUAUUUUAAU